AUGCGUCUGUUUAUGUCUGGGAUGUCUGAGGAGAAUGCUGGGGCAGUGGCCCUUGCUCUCAUGGCCACCUGCAAGGAGGAAGGCAGCCCGGCCGCUCUGAUUGGGGAUCCGUUCAUCACGGUCACCCAGGGAUUCAGGCUGAUGGAGCAGCCAGCAUCUAGAAAGCCACUGGUGGUCAUGGCCAAGGAAAAAGAUGUGGGGAAUCACGAACUGGGUCUUCGAAGCCCCACCAACAUGUGCUGUCAUUUCUGCUCACAAUCCAUUAUCCGAAGCAAGUCACAGGGGCGCAUCCAACUGGAAAGGGUAGAGAAGGGCUUCACCCAUCAAACUCCUAAGCCCAAAAUAGGAGUGAGGCGCCCAGAGGUGAGAACGAGGCUGGAGGCGGGGCCGUGCUCCGAGGUGCUCGCGAGGCCACACCCCGAAGUGAACGUGCUAGGGGCGGGGCCAUACCGAGAGGUGGGUGCGAGGCCGGGGGCGGGGCCGCACCCGGGAAGCGCCGAGACAGUUAGGAAGGCAACAGCGGUCUCUACAGGUGGCGCGCGCAGGGCUUCAGGCCGCCAGCGUCGCCUGGGCGCGGCUGAGGAAAUCCGUGAACCGGCGAAUCGCUCGCGGACGCGGCAGAGAGGAGCUCGCGGGGCUGUGCUGCGCGCACCCUGGUACCGCCGUCGCUGCUGCUGCCGCCGAGCCAAGGAACGAGGAGCUCGGCUCCAUCGAGCGUCGCAGCGACAGCAUAGCGCCCCGCGAAGCGUUGCCCGGGCGACCGCCGCAGCUCCACCUAGCAGCAACAGGGCGACUGAAAACCCCGCGGUCCCCCUCGCAACCUUCCUCCUGCUUCCUGUCCCCUCAGUCUCCCCUUCCUCAUCCUUUGUCACCCCCCUCCUCCCCAGCAAACGCCGACCCCCUGAGCGCGGGAUCGGCGGAGGGACGCGGCUGGCCGGCGCUGCGGGGCCCCUCCACCCUGCCGCCUGGCGCGGGCCGGCCAGCCGCACCGCUGAGGGCUCCGCGCGGGCCAAGUCCGCCCGCCUCCUGCCUGGGCCUGGCGGCCGCACAUCAACACCAGCCAAGCUGAAGAGCGCCUGCUGCGCUUGGCUGCCCGCCGCGGCCGAGGUCGCAAUCCGUCGUGCUGUCGCCGCCCUCAACUCCUUUGCCGAGGGCCCCGCGGAGCUGGAACUGGCGCUAGAGGAGGAACUGGAGCUGCUGGCGGCCGGGGAACGGCCUUCCGAACCCGAGGAGCAUCCCCAGGACAAGCCCAGGGAGGGUCGGACUGCCGCCACAGCGCCUGCCCAGAAUUCGGCAGAAGGAUCUGGUGUUAGCGACCCGAGGGGGCAAGGCAUUGCUGGAGAGGAGCCAAGAGGAGUCGGCAGGAUGAGCAGAUGCACAGGGAACCGACAGAUAAGCUGGAGGUCCAACUUUCUCUGUUACUCUCCAUUGCCCCUUGUCUGUGUGGACUCACUGCCAGGAAUGAAACUAACAAAAGCAAAGUAUCCGUAGAGGGAAGAGGAAUGAAGCCAGGAGAGGAUCUAAGCAAGCAAAAUGUAACGUCUUUUGAGGAUGCUACAGAAGAGAUGUGAACACUUUGACAUGAAUAAAUAUUGUCCUUCCACCAUGCUGA